AUGGGGGAUCUUAACGCUAAAGUAGGAAGAGAGUAUGAUGGCUUUCAGGGAACAAUUGGAAAAUUUGGAAUUGGAGUAAGAAAUGAUAAUAGGAGAAGACUCCUAGAGCUAUGUGGUGCAUCUGGGUUAUCUAUAACAAACACAUAUUUCAACCAUAAAUUAGAGCACAAAACUACAUGGGUGUCGCCAAAUGGAUUGGUACAAAAUUUGAUAGAUUAUGUUAUUGUAAAUCAGAAAUGGAAGAAGUCUAUAUUAGACACCAGAACUUUUAGGGGCUGCCGCCGUGUUCCUUCUGACCACAAACUCGUAAUAUCAAAGAUUAGAAUAAAGAUACAGGCCAAUCAAGAAAAAAGGAGAACUAUAAAGUUUGAUGUGGAUAAUUUGAGAAAUGAAAGAGUUAAACAACAGUAUGAGGUGAAGGUAGGAGGCAAAUUUGCGGCAUUAAUUGGUAUGGAAAAUAUGGAUAUGGAUUCAGAGGAAUCAUGGGCAAUAUUAAGUUCUGAUACUAAGGACGUAGCAACAGAGGUGUUAGGUUAUAAGAGAAUUAACAGCAAACCUUGGUUCAGUGAUGAAGCAAAAGUUUUAAGUGAAGAGCAACAAAGGUUGAGAGUUCAAGUGGACGAUAAACAAGACCUAGAGAAGAAACAACAACUAAAAAGACGAAGAAAUAGAAAGCUGAGAGAACUAAGUGAUAGGAUGAAGCAUGACCAAAACAUGUUUUGGAAAGAAAGAGCUACCAAAGUUGCAGUAGCUAUGGAAAUUGGCGAGAGCAGGGCUAUGUUUGCAGCUGUGAGAUUCUUGAGGAACGCAAGCCAAGAAAAAGUUUGGAGGGGAGUGCAUGGGAUGUUGGAUGAAGAUGGGAACUUGGUCACAGACGAAAUGGAGAAAAGGAAUCUGUUUGCAAGGUAUUUUGAAAGACUCCUAAAUGUUGAUACUACCCGGUAUUGGGAUAAAAAAAAAAAAAAGAGCAUUGCAGAUUUAAACGAGGCACUGGAGGUACAAGAGGAAGAUAUUAGUGCAAAGAGGUGA